AUGACAGAUUUGAUUCGAGAAGCUGAAGCUGUUGCAUAUGCACCAGAUCAUGGUUUGUAUGAGUUUUCGGAGAAGUUCAAAUAUACCAUUGCUACAUCAUACCUUCUAGCACCGACAUUGUCAAUUUCCAUGUACGAACGACGGAGCGAUGACGAGCAGAUGAGACCGUCUAAAUCCAAUGAUUCAUGUCCACACACAAACAUAUACCGCGUCCCUUUUCCAAAUGCACAGCAUCAUGUAUCUGGGUCGAUUCGUCCGGCCAUUCCUCUCAUUCACGCCACUGGAGCUGUUAUUCUGUUCUGCGCUUUAAUCGCAUUUCGUGUGCCAAUCGCCUAUGUGAUUCUAAUAAUGGUAGCACUGGAUGCACUCACAUUGAUGCCAGUAGUCUCAGAAUCAGCACUAUGGCGACCACGUACUCUUUCGUUUUACAUGUCCUCGCCGCCCACCAAACAUCCCUCGUUCUUGGCUGCCAACGUACCCAACCCUAUCUGGAUGGCCGAUGAGCGUGUUCGUUUGCAAGCGUGUAUUUUACUGCAAGUGCAAGAAUUCGUUGCUGCCGCUCAAGCGAUGGACCAUUCUAUUAAUGAUGCGUUGGCCGCUGUCCAAGAGGUUGAGCUUGUGUCUCGAGGUCACAAACUUACGUCUCCUUUGGCUCCCAUCUCCCGCAUUGAAACUGCCGCUUAUAUGGGCGACGAGGGAAUGCCCCAGAUGCGGCGAGCGACUUACCCUCAGCGCCUAGUAUCUUUGCGCAAAGAAAUGGUUGAUGCACUCGAAGAGUCAACCUAUUUUUGUGAUGCAGCACGUAGGCGCCUCGAGAAGCAUCAGGUCGUUGAUGACCAGCUGGCUCGAGGACUGACGACAGUGCGCCACAAACCGAAAAGGGGAGAAUUGACGCUAUCGACGUCACCGACGCCUCGCACGUUGUCACUCACAAGCACAGGCACACCAACGCACACGCCGUAUCGGAAGGCGCAGCUGCCAACGGCUACAUACUCGUCACAAACGGAGCCAAGUGACAUUCUGCACCACAGAUCUCUCAUUUCGCCGCUGCCUGGCCGCAGCGACGUUUCGGACGAAUCACCUGGCGGAUACUUCCAACAACGACCGUCUGGACAGGAUCGACUAACACUUCUCUCACUUCGAACCGGUUUUGAGGGUAUGCACAGCGCGCGACAGUCUCUUUUGUAUGCGCUGCUGUGUCUUGAUUGGGAUCGGAUGCAUGUACAUUCGACGUACGAAUCACUUUUGUCGUUUUGGAACACAGAAGUUCUUCAAGGGGUACUGAAUUCGUUGACGACACACUUUCGGCACACCGCACAACGCAUGAAUCGCCAGCUGGAGCAACACAUGAUUCAAGAUACGGCUCCCAUGCCAUCCACGUCAACUUUAUUGCAUCAUGUCGGCAUGGGAGACUGCAUGACAGAAAUGGCGCGUAUGCUUCGUACGAUUCAAUGCAAACUGCAUGUAUGUGGCGAAGAGCUGGAUCUUAAGACACCCAGCUUGCACGGCAUGCCAAAUCCAAGUCAAGAAACAACUCAUGAUGAGGACAAGGUGCGUACCGUUUUCGAGAGUAUGCGAGAGGAUUUAUUAGCGCUCUCAUCGGAGUGGGAGGCUGGUAGCCGUAUAUUGGAUCCCAAGCCGCCAGAAUUGUCUCCACCUGCAGUCGAAAUCCCUCACUUUCCGGAGACGAAAAGUACAAUGCUUCAUUUGGAUGAGGAUGCACAACCUAUCAAUAUGCUGAGCGACGAAAAAAGCGAGUUUCAGAGCGGGAAGCAUGAUUCAUACAUGUUGCAUUCCUUGCUAUUAGAUUCAACUUCUCCCUCACAUCUUCCUGCAGCUACAGGUCAGGAGGAAGUAUUUGAGGGUGCAUCACGCUCUUUUGGAACGCGGCGCGUUCCCCCUGUUUCGAUGCUGCCGCGUGCCGAACGUAUUCGACUCAUGAACGAAAAGCGCCGAAAGCGCGCAGACAGAGCGGACGAAUUUCAGCCCCACUUUAUGGUAAACGAGCUAAAAGGCGUGUUAAAACGUCGUACUGAUACCAUGCCAUACAGAAGAUCAACCACCCCACCCACGCCUACAUCCACCUCCUCGACGCCGACGUCAUCCUCUCGAGCUAUCAUAGCCCCAUGA